GCUCCUUCAGAGGCCAGUUUCCUGCUCUCAACAGAGAGUGAAAGCAGGCUGUGAGCAAAGAGUGGGGAGGGGUAGGUAAGUUUUGCAGCUGCUGGAAAAAUACCUACAGAUCUUUGCUGGGAGCAGCGGGCACCCCAACUUUCCCUGCCACACUGUUCCUUUCGCCCCAGGGGGAGGGGGAGGGGCGGGAACCCCAGGGACUGUCUGCUGCCCAGACGUAUAAUAUUGUCACCCAGGUCAGGCUCGACUGCUCGUCCCUGAAGAAGCCAGUACUGAGAGAUAAGUCUUGGGCAGAAGAAAAGUAGCUUUAUCUUAAGCAAGCCGGCGAGCAGGGGAGAAGGUGCAUCACUGUGCAAAAGAACCAACCCCUAACACAGCAAGGCUCAGUGACCCGGAUUUAUACAAGGAAGGAAGCGGAAACGGCCGCAGGCUAUGUGCCGGGGUGCGCUGUGCUGCUAUUUGGGGAGACUUUACAUUAACCCCUGGGCCGCCUUGCUGGAUAGAGAAGGUGAGUGUGGUCCUUACUUUGCUCAGAUCAGCACAUCAGUUCUAGGGGUCAGUGGUCAUAUAUUUUCUAGAGAAAAAAGAACGGAGACAGAAACAGAGCUUAACCGCAAAGCAAAACUGAACUCAGAACGUCAAAUCCGGAGCUGUGUUUAAACCGCUUACAAGCCUUUGGUUGAGAAACAAGCAAGGUUACAACAGUGGUGACGUUGACCCACCUGACCGUCACCAUCACCAUGAGCUGGUCCUCAGGCCUGGCCUCCAAGCCCAUCAUGGGUUUUUUCCUCCGCGUGGGGCAGCUGCUCUCCACCUGCGUGUCCUUCUCACUGGGGGCCAGCCUGGGCAUUUGGGAGGAGGGCAUGGGUAACUGGUGCAUGUUCAUCUGGUGUCUCUGCUUUGCCAUGAGCCUCAUCAUCUCCAUAGUGGAGUUAUGUGGGCUGCAGUCCCGCCUCCCUUGCUCCUAGGAUGGUUUUCUUCAUGCUUAUUCCUUCUACUUCGCCAUCAUCUGCAUCGUGACUUCCCUCAUCUUCGGCACCUCCUACAUCCAGUUAUUUUCUCCAGGCCCCACCCAGAACCGUGCCAUCACCGCUACCACCUUCUCCUGCGUGGCUGCUCUGCUUUAUGCCAUUGAAGUGGCCUGGGUCUGUGUUCGACCCGGCGACAUGGUCUGCUUCGUGCCCAGCUUCCCAGGUGUGCUCAGGAGGCUGGAGAACUAUGUGGCCUGUGUCAUCUUCGCCUUCAUCAGCAACACUGACCUGUACCAGCACCAGUCGGCCCUGGUGUGGUGUGUGGCCGUGUACUCCAUCUGCUUCGUCCUGGGGGCCGUGAACUACUUUGUGAAUGGGUGUGACUGUGACAAUGACAAAAAGCUGCCCCUCCGCAUCCCCUGUUUACUGUGGGUGCAGACUGUGCUCUCCGUCCUCCUCUAUGCCACCACAGUGAUCCUCUGGCCUCUCUACCAGUUCCAUGAGAAGUUGGGAGGGCAGCCCCAGCGGUCCAGUGAUAUGAGCUGCAGUGAUCAACUCACUACCUUGGUCUGCAUCUGGGACCAGCGACUGGUUGUGGCCAUCCUGACAGCCAUCAACCUGCUGAUUUAUGUGGCUGACAUGGUGUACUUGGCCUGUGAGGCCAUCUCUCAGCUAUUCUCCCAGGCUUUCUCCUUUGGAAUCAGACCCACACGAGACUGUGGAACCAUGGUGUACUCUGGGUCUGCCUCUGUCUUCACUCUGGGCUUCUGUUUCAUCUUCCCCUGCUUAUGGAGGGAUGGGGUAGCCAUCCUCAGGAACCAGGAGGUUUGGACAAUGAGCCCGCCAGGAAAAUAG